GUGGGGAGUCGGCGCGACAUUUAAAUAACAUAACAAGGUGCUCGGUGCUUAUCCGCCGUGUUGGAAUAUUCCGUACAGUUACAUAAGGAGAAGGAUAACCGGAAGAGGCAAUGUCUCAUCACGUCCCAGACAGGAAAGCGACCACCUGGAAUUGUUCUAAAACUGCCAUGGAAGAGCAAGCAGCAAAGAAAUUCCUCCAAGGAUUCACAGAUUUGAAAACGGCAGACAAGGAAAAUAAUUUGGUAACCCACACCACUAAACCGACACAGAAGAAAAGAUUGUCUGUUUAUCCCUCUCCUGGGAACAUUUUGUACACGGGCCGUCAAAUACCACGCACACCGGGCCCGGGUGUUUUACCUCUGCUGCCUUCUCAGAUCUUUAAUGCAAACGCAGCGAUGGAUACUUCAUUUGAUACAUUAUACAAGUCUCUGUGUCGGAACAAGAUCAGAGAUAACAUGGUCCCCACGGGCAAGCAGCUGGACCGUACCAUCUACAUGAAGAGUCUGCAGGAAGCAUCGCCCAAUCGUAGCCCGUCGCUUAACAAGACGAGGCAAGUGGAGGUGCCGCUAACCAACCAUUCGCUAACCGGUAGGCGCUCGCUAAACAUCUCAAGUACCGAGGUAACCCAUCACGUGGAUAGACCGCUGCAGAACAUAACGCAACGUGAGUCAAGCGUGACCAAAAUUGUGAAGGAAAAUGUGGACCCUGAAGACAAAACUAGUGCAAAGGAAGGCUUCACACCUGCGGAACGCUGUAGGAAACAGAACGCUGUUAACCGGAGGAUAAGUGAACUCCCUGUUAGGGGAUUAAAUGGAGUGCGUGUUUCUGGAAUACUGAAAAGCAUGCCUGGCUAUGAAUGCCGCACCGAAGACCUGGAGUUUCUUAGACAUUGGGAAAACAAAGAAAAGGCAAAGGCGCUGAAGGUGGAAUUGCUUUCCCUGAAAAAAGAGCUUGUUACAUCAAAUCGCAAUAAGGAAUUGGUAAUUGCCAAGAAGGAGAAAAUUGAGCAUGACAUUCAGAGAAUGAAAGCAUCUUAUGAACGGACGGUGCAGCUUGGAAGAGCGUUUUUGUGUAGGACCCGUAAUGCCGGCUCUGUGAGAGAGCUGUCUGAUUCAGAUGUUCUCCGGCAAUUAAACCCAACGUCCAUUCAGUCUUUACUACAACAAGAAACCAUCCGCCUUGGUGCGGCUCAGAUGGAAAUGGCCGGAAGAAAACAAGAGGCUACGGUAUCAACAAAUCACAUGGAGGAGAAUUUUAGAUUGAAGGUCGAGUCGUGUAACAAGCGCGUGAAGGAGGCAGAAGACAGAGUCCAAAAACUGCAUGAAGAAGUUAUUGCUCUCCAACAGCAAGUAGAAAAAGCCCAAGAAGCUGUUGUGAAUACAAAGGAGAGAUUGCGAAAAGACAGAGAGCAAGUCAGCCAGAGCCUGAAACCCACCCCAGCUUUGGAUCAAACCCCCAGUCUGACCGAAGAUGAUAAAGAGAGAAUGGAAAGGAGGCUUCAGAGGCUUGUGCAGCGCAGAGAGCUUUACCUUGAACGUGAAAGGAUAUUACAGAAGAUAAAAGAGAACUUGUAAUGGGAGAGGGUUAUUCUGAAAAUACAAAAGAACGCUGUUUCAUGUACAGUUUUGCUUCCAGAACAUAGUAAUUCAGAAGGAACUUAAUAAUGAAAAGUGUAGCAUUAGCCCAGUGCUGUAAUUGCGUGGUAUAAGUACAGACAUAUGUACAGAUGAUCAGAGCACCUUCUAUACACACGAAAAAAAGAAAAUGAAGAUGGCAGUGAGGAAGCAGAAGUAUUUUACCCCAAUUAUGGUGUCUUUGAAGCCACGUAUGAUAAAAGAUUGCAAGGUGUAUUGAUAAAAUAUAGAAAUAUUUUCCGUAUCUAUAUAUUUUCUAUAUUUAUAAUAAAACAUGUGUUAGACUACAACCUUCAACUGGAUAACCUUUAAAUAAUAAUAAAAAAAAAAAGAAAGAUGAAAGAUUUCCUGCAAAAUGAAGGAAAUGAAUUCCCCUGA